UUGAUAGGGUAUAAUAAAAUUGGUUUUGAAAAAACAAAAUUGUUUAUUUUAGUAUUUUGUAUUUUUUUCUUCUUAGUUUUGUAUUCAUUUACCAGCAAUUUAACUUAUUUUUUUUUCGUUUUUAUUUUGCAUUUUUUUCGGUUCUUUACUCGCAAUCGUUUUGUGUGCAUUUCCGUGUCGGGAAAUUUUGCAGAACGCAUAAGCCAACAACGCAUGCAAGCUCUGCUAGCAUCUCCCAAGUUAUUAAGAGAAUUUGAGGCAAUUCAGGAUGCUAAGAAGUGGCAAAAGCAAAAACAACAGCAACUGGUGAGAGAAAUGCAUCGACGCGCACAACGUCCCCCAUCUUCUACACUGUCCCUUACUCCUGACAUAACACGUAUACGCGUGCCCUCCACAAGCCCCAGCAGUGGAUAUGAGAGUCUUAACGACAACUCUUCCGUUUGCAGUGGAGACUCGUUUAUACGUAAUCGGUCUCCACUAAAAUCCUUGGCCGUUAGUUUAGUCAAAUCAAAUGUAGCGAAUGAUGUUGCAAGACAAAAAGUCCAAAAACGCCGUAGAAGCUCUCUGAGCAGCGACACAGUUAAAUCAGCCAAGAAACUAAAACAAGAGUAUGUGAUCGAAAACAUUGAAAGUUUAGAGUCCGUCAAUGGAGAGCCCGUAUUUUACGUCAAAUGGUUAAACUAUUCCAAAGCAGAUAAUACCUGGGAGAGUUUGAAUAAUUUAUUUGAAUGUGCUGUUCUGGAAGAUUUCGUUGAAAAUAUGACGGUUUUAUAUGAAUCUAUUAUAGCCAAAAUAACUCAAGACUUUGCCGAACAAAUAAAAAACGAAUGCUUAAGUCUGAAACCAUCAGAUAUAGAUUUCAAAGAUAUAGACAGUUUUGACCCCCUGAAAUUGAAAGUUGAUUUAAUAUUGUUGGCGCAAUUCAUAAGUGUAAAAUCACGAAAUCAACGGGAACAGGAAAAAAUUCGGCGUCGCAUUCUGAAAGCAUUGCUCCUGGAACCGUUGCAUCAUCAAAGGAAAGAACAAUUAAGUUCCAUACAGCAAUGGCAAAGACGCAUGAAUACGGUGGAACGCGAGUCACCCAUAACGGUGGAAAAUACUGUUGAUUUUGAUGUUUUAGACCCCAAUUUCGAAUAUAUUUCGGAGAAUUUCUCUGCUAAGGGUGUUGAAAUAACAAAUUUCCCUCCCAUCGGCUGUAAGUGUGAAGAGGGUUGUGCCCCGUCUAAAAAGUGCUGUGCUCGCAUGGCCAAUACCUAUUUUGCGUAUGAAAAAAGUGGACGUUUACGCCUUUACCCGGGAGAAGCCAUUUAUGAAUGCAACUCACAGUGUCAAUGUGCAAACGAUUGUCCAAAUCGCGUAAUUCAAAGAGGUCGCAAAAAUGCCCUUUGUCUGUUCAAAACAGCGAAUGGUCGUGGAUGGGGUGUUAGAACUGAAAAGCCUUUACGCAAAGGUGAAUAUGUGAGUGAAUACAUGGGUGAGAUUAUAACAUGCGAAGAAGCCAACGAACGUGGCAAGCAAUACGAUGCAAUAGGACGCACAUAUCUGUUUGACUUGGACUACAAUAACACGGAUAGCAUGUACACCAUUGAUGCGGCAUUGUAUGGCAACAUUUCGCACUUCUUCAACCAUUCCUGUGAUCCGAAUCUGUCGGUCUUUCCCUUUUGGAUCGACAAUCUUGACAUUAAUAUGCCGCGGCUGGCAUUUUUUACCCUUAGGCCCAUCAAGGCUGGUGAAGAACUAACAUUCGACUAUAUACGUGGGGAUAUAGCUGUGGAUGAAUACGAAAAUCUUUCCGAUGCUGAAAAAGUAACGUGUCGCUGUGGAGCCGAUAAUUGUCGCAAAGUUUUAUUUUAAUUUUAUAACAGUCACAGACAAAUAUUCAAGUUAUUUUUUAAUACACAAACAUUAUUAGAAAUUGUACUAUAUACAUACAUACAUACAUAUUAAUAUUUUAACAUUUUAUAUUAAUAUUUAAAACUGUUAUUUAAGCACAUGAUUCUUAAAACGCCGUAUUGUUUCAGUUGAUUUUAUUUUAAUUUUACCUUUACUUUACCUAUCACCAAAUUCUUAUUGAUAAACGUUUUAUUAUUAUUUAGUUUAAGUUUUUGCUUGAAAUAAAGUUGACCAGAGAUAAAUAAUGAUACAUUAAA